AUGUUGCAGUACCCGGUUCAGGUUCCCUCGCUGUCCCUCUCCUCAUCUGCAAAGCUCGCCUCUAAACCCUCUAAAGAUAACAUUCCUUAUUUGCUCAGUAAUGACCCCCCUCGCCAGCCACAGCCAUUGAGCUCCCUCCGCUUCCAGAAGGACCCGUAUGCUGCCAGGCCAGUUGGUCCAAAUCGUUUGCCAGCACCGAUCGUGCCACUCUCGAUUUCGACCAAUCUGGUCCCGUCACCGUCAGCUUCGUCCCCGUCAACCGCCUCGGCCAAGCACCCACGUAGCCCUUACAUCUCCUCCCGUCAGCUUUCUGCAAGCCCCGUCCCGUUCCGCCAGCAACCCAGCGGCCCAGCACCCCCUUCGGCUCUAUCCCAAUGCGCCUCUUCAGGCUCGUAUCCCAUUGAAGACGUGUUAACACCUGGGGAUAUUGUCGGCGAGGGCCUUGUUCUCCAGAAUGAGGUUCUCCGGUUGGUUGGGUCCACGAACGAGUCAGAUGCAGCUGCACCAGCCAAGGAGUUUGAAGUCGUGCGUGUCCUCGGCACUGGCAGCUACGCUGUUGUCUACCUGGUUCGAGAAAUUCUUUCCCGACCCCCUCCUUCUGAAGACGGCCACAUGACAACCAUCGGCUCCAUGGAUAUGGACGGCACCCCUCAGCUAGAGUAUGGGCGUGAAUACGCUAUCAAAUUGCUGUCCAAGGCCAACCUUGACGAGGAGGCUCUGGCCGCCCAAAUGACUGAGGUUACGAUCCAUCAAUCUCUUCCCCUCCACCCAAAUAUUGUAACGCUACACCGCACACUUGAGACCCCUUCUUUCUUACUUCUUCUCCUGGAAUACGUUCCGGGCGAGGACCUUUUCUAUUUUUUGGAACAAGCCCGUGACCAUUAUGAACCCCAGCCUUCUGAUUUUGUCAUGUACAACUCUCGCACUCCCCCAACUCCCAGUUUACUCUCCAAUCUCCACCCUUCGCAACUGCUCUCGCGCACUCGCCUUCGCCUCAUCGCUUCGAUGUUCUCCCAGAUGUGUGACGCUGUUGCCGCCUGCCACUCCACCCAAGUCUUCCACCGCGAUAUCAAGCCUGAAAACUUUAUCGUUACAGAUGGUUGGGUGAUGCUGGCGAACGGACGUCAAGAACGAAAGGUCAUUGUCAAGUUGACGGACUUCGGUUUGUCAACUACCGACAUCGACUCUUCGGACGUCGAUUGUGGAAGCGCGCCCUACAUGAGCUACGAAUGCAGGAACAACAUUGCUCCCACCUAUCGACCUCGCGAUGCUGAUGUUUGGUCUCUUGGCAUCGUGCUAAUCAACAUGUUGUAUCACUUUAACCCAUGGACCGACACGGCCGAAGGUGCUUGCUCGUCGUUCGACCUUUACCGUCGGGAUCCCGUCAAUUUCUUCACCAAUCGUUUCCCCGGAAUGACUCGAGGUGUUGCUGAGUUCUUGGCUUCAAGAGUCUUUUGCAUCCUCGAGGGUGAUGAGAGCGAGGGCCGACGCAUCUCUGCGGCCGAUUUCGGUGUUUGGGUCAAGGAUAACUUGGUGACGAUGUUGGCUGGCCAUGGGAUGCAGCGCACUUUGUCCACCAGUUCGACGCAAGGUCAUCCUAUUACCUCCAUCCCCGUGUCUCAUCGUCCCAUGUCCCGUAAUCCCUCCAACGCGACCGCCGCUCGUGGUACUCCUGCCAUGCCCACUAGAUCGCUUUCCCGGGCACCAUCCCUCGGCCCCGCCUACGAACGCGAGGAGAAAUCAGAGCUGUCCACUGUCAUCGAUCAAGAUAACGAAGAUGAUGUCGAGGUGCCCGAGCCUUCUGAACCUAUCCUCGGCGUCGAAGAAGCUGGCUCUCGAUCUGCCUCCACUUCCAAGCGUCGUAAGCGCGGAGCUCGCAAAGGCAAAGGUGCCCAAGCUUCGUCGCCUACAUCCCCCCAAGACGAUACAAUUGUCAACCUGGCCGCGGCUUCUGAGUGUUUGGCUCGGGAGCUGAGCAAGCAGUCGAAGGUCUCCCUUCCCUCUUCACCCAAGAGCACUUCCACCUCCUCGCGCAAGCGACAGCCCCUCGAACCCGUAUCCAUGUACGCCAUGCCCACCCCUCUGCUUAAUUCUUCUACCCCUCGAACUGCAACGAAAGCUUCAACAUUUGUCACUUGCACUCCUGUACCACCCUCGGCUCCAACGAAGAAGCCAUCCCGGUGGAAGCUCAGCUUUGGUAAGGCCAACGCAUCAACCUUGGCAAACGCCGUCGAGCGGCCUGCGACUGAAGAAGCUGCAUCACCAGCUUCUGCUGAACCAUCUCAACCACCACCUCCGUCUACCACUGUCAACAACGUCACGAAUCUUAUCAUGGGCUUGGAUGCUCCUGCUGCCCGUCCUAUUCCUCCUGCUGCAGGUGUAUUUGACGAUGGUGCAUCUACUUGGGCACGUGGCCGUCGACCAAGAGACGCCUCCCCUGUGCGCAAGUAUGGUGGACGGUCUCCCCGACGAGGACUUCAAUCUCCUUCCCAGCCCAGCUUGGCUGACAGUUGGGUUGACCCUCCUUCGCGCGGUCCUUCACGUGCCAUCUCUCCUAGCAGUACGCGAAGCGGGCGUCCGAUUCGUUCCAGUGCAUCCUCCAUGGCAUCAAGUAAUUGGCGCAGCUCCAUGAGUACCACGUCAAGUGCGGGGACGUCGACAUCGGCAUUCACGCACUACAGUAAUGGUAGCACGCGCAGUAUUUCGACCACUGCAACCAGUGUCUCAGCUACCAGUUGGAGGACCAGUGUGAAGCAGCCAUCGAUCUCAUCCAACUCGAGCGGGUACUCAGCGUCCGGUGGCUAUACUUCCGUCCCUAAGAACAUCAAGCUCAUGAAUGGCGUGCCUUGGGAACUGGACCAGUUGCCGCGAGGACAACAUCCCGAUCCUUCGUUCGGUAACCCUCCCCCUCGCAAGCAGCGUACGAGGAAACACAAGGACAUCAAACUUGACACCAUCACUGAACGGCCAUCCAACUCGGCGGGCCUGAAAUCUCCUGAGCUCCGAAAGGACGCGAUGACGAGCACGUCUGACCUCCCGGCGGUUGUAAAUGCUGCCAGGGAUGAGGGGGACAAUGUCGGUAGUGGUGGUGUGAAGAAGGUGCACAAGGGACAGAUCAACGCGCUCGCGAAGAUGUUGUCAGCCUUGCGACGAUGAAGAACGUCCCGUGUCGUUUUGUCUUUUGUGCCUUUCGCCCUGACGGACUGUUGUAUCGAGACAGGAACUCUUCCGCUCCCUAUGACUUCUUGUUGAACUGAUGUUGCCAAUGCGAGUAGUUUUGCGGACAAUGCGUUUGGCCCCCCAAUCCUUUUUGUGCGUGGUGCGGAUCAGGAAUUCUCGUGUUGCGCUGUAUUCAUAAAGUAUCCUACUUCACGGUGCGCAGUCAAUACUUGGACAUCCCCUCGUGUUAUGGGUUGAUACCCUGCAUUCGUUUGUGACGGCGUUGAUUCAUCGUUUUAAUCUCUCUGUUCUAUCCAGUAUUGUACUAUCUUUCGACGGGCUCCGUGCAGCACCGCUGUCAUUGUCAUAACUCACACAUUACAUUGAUAUCACAUACAUACGAAACAUUCACUCCUUGCAUUUUUUCUCUUUACUUGCUCUAUACACUCAAGUCUACGCCUUGUAGUAGUUGUAUUUAAUAUUCGAAGUAUGGUCAAUGGCCGCGAGCCCCAAUGGAA